CUGGAAGGUGAGCUUGUUUACACAUUUCACUACGCAUGUGAGUAAAACAUAACCCAAAAGAAACAUGGUCCGUAAACUAAAAUUUCAUGAGCAAAAAUUGCUCAAGAAAGUUGAUUUUAUAUCAUGGGAGGUGGACAAUAAUAUUCAUGAAGUUAAAGUCUUAAGGAAAUAUUGUAUUCAAAAGCGAGAGGAUUAUACGAAGUACAAUAAAAUAUCUCGUGAAAUUAGAGAACUGGUUCGAAAAUUGACAGCCUUAGAUGCUAAGGACCCAUUUAGGAUAGAAACAAGCGCCAAAGUUUUGGAAAAAUUGUUCCUCAUGGGUUUAAUUCCUACAAAGUGGGAUCUCUCAUUAUGUGAUAAAGUUACAGCAUCCAGCUUUUGCAGAAGACGGUUGCCAGUUGUCAUGGUACGCAACAAAAUGUCCGAGUCAAUUAGAAUGGCAACCAAAUUAAUAGAGCAAGGACAUGUUCGUGUUGGACCUGAACUUGUAAAAGACCCCGCAUUUUUAGUUACCAGGAAUUUGGAAGAUUUUGUUACGUGGGUUGACUCAUCUGCAAUCAGGAAACAUGUUUUGGAGUACAAUGAAUUGAGAGAUGACUUUGAACUCUAGAUAUAAUGAAGAAAAUGAAGGAUAAAUCUAAAAUUAAGAAGGAUAUCUCAUCUUAAAAUUCAUUAAGUAUGUAAAUCAAAUUGACAAAAAGAAUUAAAUUAAAGAAAUGAA